AUGGAACAAUGGGAUCGUUCUUCGCAAUUGCUGAUUUCCGCCCUGGUUGGUGCCAGUCGAACGCUUGGUGGUCUACCGUUUGAACAUCCUCUCGAUACAAUUCGUACACGAUGGCAAGCAAAUCCAACAUAUUCCCACAAUGCUCUUUUGGUGGCUCGAGAAUUAUAUAAGUCGAAAGGUUUUUUAGGCUUCUAUUCCGGUGCUAUUCCAAACACGACACGACGUGCUAUCAAACAAACAUAUCGUUGGCCAAUGAUGUUAUUCUUUCCUAAUUUUUAUCGAAAUUAUGUUUUACCUGAUCGUAUUCAACAGCAAUAUCCUCGUUUGCCAAAAAUUCUGACCGGUCUGUCUAUAGCGAACUUCGAAAUUCUUGUUAUUAAUCCUCUUGAGCGUCUGAAAGUAUGGCUCAUGACAAGUCCCACACGUAUUAGUGUUCUUGAAUUCUUUCGACGAUGUGCAGAUGGUCGAGAUAUUGCUCGGGAAUUGUAUCGAGGGAUAUCGGCCGCUUUUUACCGUCAAAAUAUUUCUUGGGUCACCUUUUUAUACACCGACGAAUUGACAAAGACAAAACUCCGUGAAUAUAGACAAUCGGAAAACUUGACUCAUUUCGAUCUAUUUGCAGCCGGAAUGAUUGUAGGCUUGGUUAAUACUGGGGCAAUGAUGCCAUUUGAUUAUGUUAAAACACAAAAACAAAAAUUCUUUCAAAAUAAUCAGUCGAUGAUGGAUAUUUUCAAAAAAACAUUGAAAACUGAGGGUAUUGGCCGAUUUUACGUGGGGUGGAAAGUUUAUCUUGUUCAAUAUGCAAUUGUGGCUAUUUUGACGGUCAACGUGUUGGAAAAACUGGAACAAAGGUUUAAAUCGUCAAGUGAUCAAAACUCUUAA